AUGGGAAGAGGAAGAGUUGAGUUGAAGAGGAUAGAGAACAAGAUAAACAGGCAGGUCACAUUUGCAAAGAGGAGAAAUGGGGUUCUCAAGAAAGCCUAUGAGCUAUCUGUUCUCUGUGAUGCUGAGGUUGCUCUCAUCAUCUUCUCCAACCGUGGCAAGCUUUAUGAGUUUUGUAGCAGCUCUAGCAUGCUCAAAACUCUUGAAAGGUACCAGAAGUGCAGUUAUGGUGCUGUGGAAGUUAGCAAACCUGGCAAAGAACUUGAGAACAGUUACCGUGAAUACUUGAAGCUGAAAGGAAGAUUUGAAUCUCUUCAAAGGACCCAGAGAAACCUUCUAGGGGAAGACUUGGGUCCACUGAAUACCAAAGAACUUGAGCAACUUGAACGGCAAUUGGAUUCAUCUCUGAAGCAAGUGAGGUCCACAAAGACACAAUUCAUGCUGGACCAGUUAUCUGAUCUUCAAAAUAAGGAGCAAAUGUUGGUAGAAGCAAACAGAUCCUUGACAAUGAAGCUGGAAGAAAUCAAUUCAAGAAAUAACUAUAGGCAAUCAUGGGAAGCUGGUGAUCAAAGUAUGCAAUAUGGUGGUCCACAGAAUGCUCACUCUCAGAGCUUCUUCCAACCAUUGGAAUGCAAUCCCACAUUGCAGAUUGGUCCUGACUACAGGUACAAUACUGUAGCACCAGAUCAGAUAACUGCCACAACUCAAUCUCAACAAGUGACUGGGUUUAUUCCUGGAUGGAUGCUUUGAGCUAAGUUCACUAUUUAUCUGGCUACAUAAAACCAAACACCGUGCAAA